UGUUCCCCUGCCUGCAGUGUCAUUGACAUAGAGAGCUGAAAAGGGAGUCGGCAGAGUAGAGCAGGUGAGAGACGACCAACGGACAGAGAUAGAAGGACCCCUGGGCUAAUGCAAACACCUCAUGCUACUGUGAAGGUUUGUCGGAGCAUACCUGCAGCUUGCUUGACUUCCAUUCGUUAUCGCUUCCAAUGACCAGGGAAUACUGUAGCUGCAGAGUGAUCCCCACAAUUCACACCUCCUCCGUGGGACCCCCCCCAGUCGUCCAACUUGGUGUUUUUGUGUUUUUGUCUACAGAAGAAAGAAUCGAUCAGGAAAUACCUGUAAUACACCAGUAAGAGAAAGAGGGUCAUCUGACAAUAUUUUCACUAUACAGAUAAUCCACACCAAAAACAAAGAAGAGAAAGGGGGAAAAAGAGGGAGUGCCAAUCAAGACCAAAGAAAGGGAGAAAAGGAUACAGAACACCCCUUCAAGAUGGCGCAGAUCCCUCAGAUGUGGCACACCAAGGUGAUGCCCCAGGAAGUGAAUGUGGACCUGGACAAAAUGGUUGCUUUUGGUAGCCAACCCGAGUGCUCCAUCUGCUACAACACCUACGACAAUGUCUUCAAGACGCCCAAGCUGCUGGAGUGCACCCACACAUUCUGCCUGGAGUGCCUGUCGCGCCUCAUGGCCAUUUCGCUAGGAGAGCAGGAAGGAGGUAGCAGCAAGAUCCCUUGUCCAUUCUGCCGCCACCCUACCCUCCUAACCGAGGAGGGUCCACCUGCCCUGGCCACCAGCCAAGAGGUACUGUGUAAACUGCCCAGCCACCAGCAGCACGAGGAACCUGUGUGGCUUGAUGGGGAGAAGCUGUGCUACAAGCGGCCACUGGAGGCCAACCCCGGAACACCCAGCUCCACCUCAGCCUUCUGCAUCUCCAUCGACAUCGGGGCCAGCAAGGCAGGUGAGGUCCUUGCUCAGACAUGGCCCCAGCACAUAGGCUUCCUGGAGCGUCUGAAUGGCUGGAAGCGGCUGCUGCUCUUCAUCGUGUUGAUGGUGCUGCUGGUGGUCAUCGUGCUGUGGCCCCUGCAGUGCAUUGUCACCACAGGCAAUAUGCGCUGCAUGCCGCGCACUGUGGGCUCAGGACACGGCUUCACCGCCACCACCGCUACCACAUUCACCAGGAUACACAGUCUCACAAAGGGAGCCUUUAAUUAAAAUACAUGAUAUGUAGUAGGCCAGAUACCUGGUUCACAAGUCCACAGAUCGCCAGAGUGCUUAUUGAAAAGUACAUGGCCAUGUGGUUAAGGCCCACGGCCGUCAGUUAGGGGCUCGUAAGGAAGCAUUUCACGGUAAGGUCUACACCAAAUUUGAUUUGAUUUGAAUCAAAGAAGACUGAAUAUAGAACUCAACGGUUUGAGACUGCACACUCCAUACAUGAACUCCAAUCCUUGCACCUUGAUUUAACUGAUAUUGUUUUGAGAUUUUCCUUUUAUAAAAUUGUUAUUUUGCAUGAAAGAAUUUAAAAUAUGUUGUAAUAUUCAGACACAAUCUGGGUGAAAUCUAUUCAUAUCUACAGUAUCAGAUUUGUUGGCCACAGUACAACAGUAUAGGUAAUUUUUUUCAAAACAAAUCCGUCCGACAUUACUUUCACAACACACUGAAAGCAUUAUUGUUGUGUAUCCAAGUCAGAGCAGACACUGAAACUCAAUGCCUUAGAAAUCUCCACUCAAAAUGUUCAGUUAAAGAACAAAGUUCAGCUGUCUUAUCUGAUUUGAAAAUAAUUGUAUGCCAAACCACAAUGCUGAAAUUGUAAGUGUAUAUACAUGUAUAGUUCAUUGUACUUUUCUGAUAUAUAUUUAGUUUACAAUACUACAAUAAAUGAAAAACAACACAGGCAUGGUCUAGGUUUAGGAAAAUAUUGCAUAGCUUUGUACAGCACUUACCUAAUCAGGAUUGACCAGAAUGACAUAGACAUGAAUGGUUGGUCUUGGUAGGAACUAAUGAUUCAUGGUGUUUCCCACUUCCUGUUACAAUCUGUUUAUUCCAUUUGUAUUAAAUAUAUUGUUUCUUAUUUUUUUACAUUCCAAAAACAAACAUAUACAUACUAACAACUUACACAAACAAUGACUACAUCUCCUCCAUCGCCCAGACCUGCAUGCUCACACCCCCAUCUCUAGUGCCUGCAUUAUUGUUUGCCACUUGGCCUUAAAUUGUACCAAUUUGUUUUUCCUCUGUCACCCAUGCCAUUUCAACAUUUCAAAAAUAAAUCAUUUGUUUUUCCCAUUGUG